GGGCCCACAGGAGGCCGAGUUGAGGUUCCGGCUGAUUCACUUAUGGGAGGCCCGAAAUCCAAAUACCAAAAUUCUCAUUGGUCAAGAGAUGCUCCUUAUCGACGAAGAGGGAACUGUUAUUCAGGGUUUUGUUCCGGCUGGUCGUGUAGGAACAUUUGAUCUCUCAGCUGGUUCCGUCUAUAAGUUGACCAACUUUUUCGGAUCCAGAAGCAAAAUUCAGUAUCGGGUUGCUGAUCAUAGCGCCACCGUUUCAUUCUCUUGGAAUUCUUCUUUGUCGGUCUUUGAGAAUCCUCCGGUUCUCUUUCCAGUAGAUAGGUUCAGGUUCCACAGCUACGAUGAGUUUAGGGCCAACUGUGACUCCAAGGGUGAUCUUUAUGACUAUGUUGGCCACAUGAAGCUGGUGAAUGGGCAAACUAUCUCUGAACACAUGGUUCUUGACGAAGCUGAUAUAGCAGAGAAACGGCAUCUGUGUGUUCAUGUUCAGGCACUUGACGGACCAGUGAUGAAGCUCUAUCUAUGGGACCAGGCUGCAUCCGACUUCUGCCAGAAAUUCAAAUCGUAUGGAGGGACUCCAAGCGUUCUUCUGGUCACCACAGUGAAUCCUAAGCAUCUUGGAGGAACCCUUGCUAUCACUUCUAUGUCCUCAUCUCGAGUGUUCAUGGAUUCCGACGUCCAGCCUAGCAAGGACUAUCUCGAAUGGUUGAAUUCUAACGCAGAAAUUGCUAAUAGUGUUGCUGCUGAGGUUGUCACUAAGCCGGAGGCAGUGACUCUUGAGGAGCUAUUCACCUACAUCAAGCAAGAAACUUCAAAGGUACAAUAUUUUUUUAUUUUUUUAAUGUUUUUAAAUACGUUUGCAUGUGCAUGGGAACUAAUGAGGUUUAUUUUAAUUUCCACGAUGAAGGUCGCUUGGUUUGAAUGCACGGCAACAAUAGAUGAUGUUGUCCGGGGUUCUCCUUGGUAUUACAUUUCUUGCGGUGGAUGUAAUAGCAAGGCUUUCAAAGGUCAUACCUCUAUGAUUUGCAACAAUAAGAAGUGUUGGAAGACUGAGAUCACAGGCGUUCCUCAGUAAGUGUUGUGAUCAUAGUUGAACUAUGUUUUAUCAGCGCUGAUAGCUAAUCUUGAUUUCUUGUAGGUAC